CACUCAGUAACAAAGUGGACGAACUUAACGCUCGGAUACAACUCCAACGGGACAUCAGGAACUGCUGUAUACUAGCCUUCACAGAGACAUGGCUCGACGCUACGGUCCCAGACAACGGAGUAACACCGCCUGGUUUCACCAUUCAUCGCCAGGACAGAACAACUGACUCCGGGAUUUAGCUGAGACAAGAGCUGUGUUUCAAAAACAUCGGCCAACACACGUCAUUCAUCUGGCAGCCAUGGUGGGCGGCCUUUUUAUGAACAUGAGACAGAACCUAAACUUUUGGAGAAACAACAUCUACAUCAAUGACAAUGUACUGCAGAUGGCUCAUGAGUUUGAUGUACAAAAAGUCGUGUCCUGUCUGUCCACCUGCAUCUUCCCUGAUAAAACGACAUACCCCAUUGAUGAGACUAUGAUCCACAAUGGUCCUCCUCAUGAAUCAAACUUUGGUUAUUCCUAUGCUAAACGAAUGAUUGAUGUCCACAAUAGGGCAUAUUUUGAACAGCAUGGUCGACGGUACACUGCUGUUAUCCCCACAAAUGUGUUUGGUCCCCAUGACAACUUCAACAUAGAGGAUGGCCAUGUUCUACCAGGACUUAUACACAAGACCUACAAAGCACAAAGGGAGGAGACAGCUUUGCAGGUUUGGGGUUCUGGUCGUCCACGGCGACAGUUUAUUUAUUCACUCGAUCUUGCUCGACUCUUUCUUUGGGUACUGAGGGAAUAUAAUGAAGUGGAGCCCAUCAUAUUGUCAGUUGGAGAGGAAGAUGAGGUGUCAAUAAAGGAAGCAGCAGAGGCGGUUGUUGAAGCUCUGGGGUUCAAAGGAGAAGUGGUUUAUGACACAAAUAAAGCUGAUGGUCAGUUUAAAAAAACAGCCAGCAAUGCAAAACUUUGCAAAUACCUUCCUGACUUUAACUUCACGCCAUUCCGAACAGCUAUCAAGGAGACCUGUGAUUGGUUUGUUGCCAACUAUGAUAAUGCUCGCAAGUGAGGAUGAUCAAAACUGCCGCUCUGCUUGUGGCAAAAGACUUGGAACUGCACAAAUGCUGGACCGGCCACUGUUUAAGAACCAGCAAUACUUCAGUGAAGUAUUGAAUAAAUCAAAUAAGUAAAACACUGUAUUUCAGAAAACUAUCUUCAUCCAAUAGUUGUUGUGAUAAGUACCUGGGUUAAAUUUGUUAGCAUAGCACCAAUUUUACAUUUCUUAUUAAGAACUGAGAUUUUUUUACUACUUUGGAACUGGCUUGGUUUAUGAUUUUGGUUUAUGAAGUUACAAGUUUAAAUGCAUUGUUUCAACAGUUCACAUAGUACAUUUAGCUACAGGAUUAGCUAGCUGCUGAUAUUAGAAAUUACCUAAUAAACAAAUAAAACAAAUGGCAUGUGGACAUGAUUCUUAUGAAAUUAUGACAAUUAAGAUUAAAAUGUUGCUAAUGUGAACACAUUUGAAUAAAUAAAAUGAACUUUAUAAAGUAAGUUUACAAAGUCAAAUAAGCAUGCUUACCGGCACUUGACUAGCUGGCUAGAGAUGUGCAUACAUGCAGUAUAGUUCAGUUGCCAAUUCAGCCUAGCACCAACCAAUUUUAGUAAAGGCAAUCUAUAAAGUUCUGAAUCUAAAGCAUACCAAAAUACAAAUCAUUUGUUUCCGUUUGGCACAUAUCAUUGCAGAAAAUCAGACUUUAAAGAAAAAGAGUACUCACAGUUAUAUUACAGUUAAAGCAGGACACUACUGUAUAUGCACAUUCUCUACUGAAAAUAAUCCUCCACACUAUUUAAAGUGCAAUUACUGUUCAUUUGCUCAUAUUUAAUGUAUUGAAUACAAAUACCUGCAUAUUUAAUAUUUGAUUUUUUUUAUGUACAUUUUCGCAAAUAGAUAGCAAUUGUGAAGGAAAAAUGUGCAGGCAAUGCCAUAUAAAAGUUUCAUAUCAGCAAAACAUGGAAUUUAUCUAGGGGUGUCCAAAUGUUUGCAUAAGAUUGUAUAUAACUUGCUGGAAUUACUAUGUUUGUUUAUUAGGAUUUUAAGCUCAUGUUUUACACUUUGGUUACAUUCAUGACAGGAACGGUAGUUACUCAUUACACAAGAUUCAUCAGUUCACAAGGUUACAUCAAACACAGUCCUGGACAAUUUAGUAUCUCCAAUUCACCUCACUUGCUUGUCUUUGGACUGUGGGAGGAAACCGGAGCACCCGGAGUAAACCCACGCAGACACGCGGAGAACAUGCAAACGCCACACAGAAAGGACCCGGACCGCCCCACCUGGGGAUCGAACCCAGGACCUUCUUGCUGUGAGGCGACAGUGCUACCCACUUACCACCGCCCAAAUUACUAUGUAAGAAUCACUGACAGUUUCAUACUUGCUUUUAAAUCCUCUUUUUUCUUGUCAGUUUAUAAAGGGUUGUAUGUACAAUAUUUUGCUGAAUGUAAGUGAAUGGGUGUUGAUAUUCAAUUACGAUCUGUUUUUCUCAUGCAGAAAUGCUUGAUGCAAAAAUAUAUAUUUUUUUUUUUUCUUACUCUGAUAUGAAUAGGGUGUACUUAUUUUACAUUUUAAUGUUUAAGUACUGCAAGUACUGUUUUGGGAUCAUCAACUUGUACAAUAAACAAUUCUAUUAA